UCACGUCAAACGUGGAGAGGACUUGGACGGUGUAGGAAUAGCCCCACCAACCAUCGAGUCGACCAGUUCGACCUCGGCAAAUGGACCCUGGAGCUCCGCUUGAACCUCACCGAGCUUCCAACACCCCCGCAAACGAAGGAUGAGCUAACGCGUAAACAUAGAAUGGUUUAUAUACAUAUACCGAGAAUUCCCUAUUCUUCCCCAGUUUCUUGAUAUAUCAAUUGAUCUCUGUAUUCGCAUAUUUGACUCUGAACACUACAGAAAUAUAGUCAUAUCACAUCAUAUCAUUCACAAGAAGCAAAGAUGAGCGGCCCCGGUGUAGGAUUCGAAUACCCAGCCAUUCCAGUAUCAUGGCUUAAGAGGGACGUCCUGCUCUUCGCCGCCAGUAUUGGAGCCACUGCAGACGAACUGCACUUCCUCUACGAACUCCACCCCAACUUCCAAGCCUUCCCAACGUACCCGAUCGUCCUCCCCCUCAAGCACAAAGACCUCGACGUAAUCGACUUCUACGCGCGCUCCAACGCGAUCCCGAUCCCAGGCGCGCCCAAACUCACCACAAAGGGCGUGCUCGACGGCGAGCGCCUCAUCGAGUUCAAGAAGCCCAUCCCGACGUCGUCCGAGGGCCGCAACUUCGAGAUCAGGAGCAAGGUGCUCGGCGUGUACGACAAGGGGAAACCCGGCACCGUCGUGGAGACGGAGCUCACGCUCGUGGAUGCGGAUUCCGGCGAGCUGUACACGAGGGCUGUCGGGAGUGGGUUUUACGUUGGUCAAGGGGGGUGGGGUGGGCCGAAGGGACCAAAGACAGUAUCCUACCCACCCCCCGCCAACACCCCCCCAACACACACGCACACCCACCAAACCACGCCCGAAACCGCGCUCCUCUACCGCCUAAACUCCGACUACAACCCGCUGCACGCCACCCCCGAACCAGGAACCCGCAUGGGCUUCGGCGGCCCCAUCAUCCACGGCCUCUUCUCGUGGAACAUGUCCGCCCACGCGGUGCUCGCGCUCGUCGGCGGCUCGAAGCCCGAGAAUAUGAGGAGUUUCCAGGCGAGGUUUGCGAACCCGGUCAAGCCUGGGGAUAAGUUGGUUACUGAUAUUUGGGUGCUUGGGGAUGCGGAGGGAGAGGGAGAGGGGUGGAAGGAGGUGAGGUUUAUAGUGAGGGUGGACGGGGGGAAGGUUGUGUUGAGUAAUGGGAGGGCUGUUGUUAGGGUUGAGGGGGUGAAGGGGAAGCUGUAG